AUGCCUGAUCACGGAGAGCGUCAAGCUCUUCACCGACUGUGCGACUCGGUGAGCGGCGCGAACUGGCGCCCGACUCGGUUCGAGGACGAGUUGACGUUGAGUCGCUACGCCUGCUGCCUGUGUCACGUGGUUCCGAGCACGACUGUGGUGCUGCCCUGUUCGCACGCUCUGUGCGAGCAGUGUCUGACGGGGUGUGCCGUCCAGGAUACAGGAAGCGUCUGUCCCGUGGACACCGAGCCAUUCUGCGAAGACGAGUGCCAGAGGUGGCAGCUUCCUGCCAAGAAGAAGCAGAAUCUGAAGGCUCAUUGCUGGAAUGAGGCUGAUGGUUGCGAGUUUGUGGACACCAUCGAAGCCGUACUGCUGCACUACGACAGGGAAUGUACCUUCCACGCCCUCCAGUGUCCGCGCUGCGAACAAAGAAUACUGCGCACAGACAUUGCAGCGCAUUAUGUCACCGGGUGCAGCCAGAACGCUUCUUGCGCGAGCAGCGAAGAGCCUAACGGGCAAGACAGUUCACCUAACAGUUUCGACCUAAGCGCAAUGCUGGACAAGUUGUCCACUCUUCAGAGACAAAUGAACGAAGUCUUGGAAUCACGCAGAACCUCUGACUCUGCACCUUCGCUGGAUAUCAGUAGCGCAGUCAGUGGCUUCGAGAAUAGUCUCGAAUGUGGUCUGAAAGUUCUCGAGGCGAACAUAUGCACGACGGUCGCUAGCCAACUGAACGCCGGUCUGGAGGAACUGAAGGCUCUCAUCAGAGACCCGUGCAGCGAUCGAUUGUCGACAGUACAGAGUCAAGUGAACGAACUCGUUGAACAGUCGAGGGCCCACGAUGCCUCCCAGUUUCAGGAACUAUUGCGUGCGCUUAGAGACUCCGAAUGCGAGUUGAAAAGACACGCGGACAGAGUCGAAGCUAGUCUCUCUUCUAGGCUCGCCGAUGCGCAGCGGUCGCUGCAAAGAUCGAUCGAUUCUUUACAGGAGAACUUCGAAUCUUUCGGAAGCGAAAGGUUGCUGGCAGUGGCCACUUCGAGGGAAGGAAACUGGAGUUCUUCGUGGUCGAUGGAAAAGCGAUUCAUACUGCGCAAGUUGGAGAGUUUCGCCACCGAAUCGACGAGGACUCUGGAAUUACUACGCCAGCAGGUUAAUCGGCACGAUGACAAACCGUGGGUCUCGACUGUCUUGGGAUCGCACGGAGGCAUUUGUCGCAGCAUGUCGAGCAGCGAGUCGUUGUUUAGGUUGUACAUAGUUCUGAGUAACGCCGAGAAAAUAUUUCGUUUAAACGAGAGUCAGUUCGCGGGCUGGAACGGGUGGGGGUUUAGCGAUAUAUACAUUAAGCUCGUCUUCUCAGUUCUUAGGUUUCCAGAGCGUGUGUUCCGCGUGCACGUAGACUGUAUGAAAAUGUCGGAAAACCCUCGCUUUUCGUUCGCUACGGUCGACCUGAAGGCGUUGCGAAGCAACGCUCUGAGUAAACACGAGUUUCGCAAGGAUUAUCAGAAUGAAUGUCGCGCUUGCAGGAAAAACAACGUUUCGCAUUUGUGCGCGUGCUUCGAGGUCACGAAAGAAGAGCUCGGUGCACACGACUUCGUUAGAGACGAAAAACUUGAGCUGAGGUUUUCGUUUUAUUAAGAAUGCUUCUUAAGUGCCUACGCUAUAUGAAGCUUCUUGUUAUACGUACGCAUUCGUUUCGCUAUUUACUGUUUACGGCAAAUUCACUGGAAAGUGGGCAUGUCACGCGGUAUUUUUUUCCUAUUUCGCGGGCAUCUGCAGAAAGCAAAAAUGCCCUAUAUAUAAUAGUUAAUAGGUGCAAAGUUCCAAACUGUCUAAUCGGACAUUUUGCAAACCGAUCGAUAACUUUCUAAUUGCAUUCUUUUGUCCAGCUUCGUUGCAUCAAUAUUGGUUAAUUCAUAUUGCCUAAUUAAGCAGUUAAGCAUGAAACAGAAAAUAGUGUGACUUAGUCCAUGCACCAGUCAGCACUAUCCAUUUGGUCUUGUCGUCAUCGAGUGCAUGGGCAUAUUUUUUGAACUCUGGCCAAAGUUAGUUGGGCCACCCUGCAUACAAUUAACAGACCACUCAAACAUUUCGAAGUUCGAAUUCAAGGAUUGCGCAGAUUUAGGGAAGUGAUGAUGUGUAUAGAUAUGUGCUCCGAUAGAACGUUGCAA